ACAGAGAAACUUCACAGGAAAAAGGUGAAGCGGCGGAAGAAAUCGUCAACACGGAAUUCUAGAGGCACACCCACCACCACCACCGACUCUCUCUCCUCACAUUCUGUAACUUGGCUGGCAAUCCUUCGUUCAUCCUUCCAUUCUUUCCCUAUAUUAUGGCCUCGCGCCCUUCCCCACUUUGCCUCUGUCCCAUCCCGCCGGAAUCAAUCCAUCUCUCUCUGUUUUUGAAGUUUUGGUUCAAACGAUCGCUGCCCACAUGGAGGAGAGCUGCUUCGAGGAUCUGCUGCCGGUGAUGGGGGAGAAGUUGGGGGCGGAAGGGCUGAUGGAGGAGCUGUGCAAUGGGUUCAGGCUUCUGAUGGAUCCGCAGAAGGGGCUGAUCACGCCGGACAGCCUGAGGAGGAACGCCGCGGCGGCGCUAGGGAUGAAAGGGAUGACGGACGAAGAAGCCGUGCAGAUGGUGAGGGAAGGAGACCUGGACGGCGACGGCUCGCUCAACCAGAUGGAGUUCUGCGUCCUCAUGGUCAGGCUCAGCCCCGAGCUGAUGAGAAGAUCGUGGACAUUGGUCGAGGAGUCUUUAACCGAAGAGCUUGUAGAUUUCAUGCAAUGACUAAUUUCAUGCAAUGACUAAUGUCUCUUUCCCUC